AUGCACCUCCCAAUUCUCUCGGCCCUCCUCGCCCUCUCCACCACCCUCGUGCAGGUACACGCCGCAGACCUCGGGAUCGAAGUCACCCACAAGGUCGAAUGUGCCCGGAAAACUACUAAAUAUGAUGUCGUGCACAUGCACUACCGCGGCACGCUGGCUAGCGAUGGCUCCGAGUUUGAUGCCAGUUAUAAUCGGGGGAAGCCGUUGGUGUUUUUGUUGGGUGCAGGGAGGGUUAUUAAGGGAUGGGACCAAGGUCUGAUGGAUAUGUGUGUUGGUGAGAAGAGGACUUUGACGAUCCCCCCUGAGUAUGGAUACGGGGACAGAGGUGUUGGGCCGAUCCCCGGGGGUGCGACGUUGGUUUUUGAGACGGAGUUGGUGGCUAUUGAGGGUGAUGAGGAUAAGGAUGAAUUGUAG